AUGGCGUCGUACUUUAUGCCAUCCUUCUUCCAGAAGAGGCUCCUCAAAUACGCUCUAUCUCGUCUGGGCCUGGUCGACACAGAGGCCUUGGAUCCAGAUAACCUAGGCAUCCGCUGGGGGCAACGCUCUACCAUUGAGUUGAGGGAUAUUGGCCUCAAACUAGAGAAAUUAUCGACUCUACUUAAUCUUCCUCCGUCGUGCGAGCUGCUCAGCGCCCGAGUUCAGCUUCUUCGGAUCACACUUCCUGCCGAUUUCCACAAUAGCGGCAUUCUGUGCGAGGCAAACGGCAUCGAUGUACAUAUUCGAUUAUUGUCAGACGAACCGAAAAAGGGACAACAUGGAAAGGGAAAAAGCGAAAAGGAUGACCAUUCAGCGGUGCCCACACCGUCUAAUCUUGCGGAGUCAUUCCUUGAGUCCGAGCCCAAGGAGGAAAGGGAAGAGCUGCAGGCCGCAAUAUCGUCACAGUCGCAGGUCUUGCCUCACGACCCGCUAGCCUGGUCCGUCGAUGACAAUGACGAGCUCGGUCUUGGGAGUGAGACUCUCUCACUGCCGAGCUUCGUGGCUGGGUUCUUGAAAGGCGUUGUGGAUCGAUUCCAACUUAAGAUAAAAGAUGCAGUUGUGCGUCUGGACAUGGAGUUGAAGCAGGAUGGAAUGUCGAAACGGCAACCUGAGCAUAAGCUGGACCUUGUCGCAGGUCUGUUGAGCGUCGGGGAAAUCAAUGUACAUGGGGUAUCAGAGAAAAAUGUUGGCUCGGAGGAUGGUCUUCCUUUCCGAAAAGGAAAGCGGCUUAUCUCAAUUAUUGAUAUCAAUGUUGGUUUGGUUUCGGACCCAUCAGUGUUCUCGAACUACUCUCGUUUUGCCGUCCCUGCAUCUCCGUCGACGACCAUGCGGUCAAAAGGGAGCCAGCCGUCAAGCAGAGCGCCAUCGCCAUCCCCACUGGAUCGCUCUGUCGAAGAACCCCUUUCCAUGACCCAAUCAACUAUUUUCGAGCCGCCGCAAGGUUUCGGCCAUUUAAGUACCACCACAGACCGUUUAGAGACAUCUACAUUUUCUCACGAUGGCCGAUUCUCAGAUGCCGAAUCCGAGUCAGGUAGUCACCACGGUAAUUAUCUGGAGGAUUCUCAAAUGUUUGGGGAUGACCCCUUCCAGGACAACCCGGGGUACCUAGACUCUGUUAUUGACGCUCAAUUCGAUGAUUUUGAUUAUGAGCAGACGCCGGUAAUACAUCUCCAGGAAGAACGGGCCGGGAGUGAAUGGAGAAGCCAUUUUCCCGGUGGCACACAAAGCUUGUAUCAGAGCUCACAGGCCGAAUACUCUGAUGAGCCCUCAAUUACAUCUGAGAGAUAUCCUAUGUCCCAAGCUUACGACACACAUCACAGCCAAAUUGGCUCUGAAACUGACGAAAUCACGCAGCCCACACAGCAUUACAAUGAUCACGACGGAAAUGAACAUAAUGAAAGAUCACAAUUGAGCGUAUCAUCCCAUCCUUCCAGUACAUCUCCUCCAAGCUCAGAGCCUGACAGCAUUGGCUCAAGAGAAGAAACCCCAAAUGCCGAUCUCAACGAGUCCAAGGUUUUCUCCCACGAUGAAGCGCAAAGUAUUUACAUGAGUGCUAUCAGCCAGGAUGAAAGUGGGAGCUUCAUGCCACAUAUGCCGGGGGCAUGGGGCUCGUUUGAUGAUGCAUCGAAAUCCCGAAGUGUUUCUGAUGGCCAAUCUAAAACCAUUGAACGUAUUGAUCCGGCACAGUCCACACAUGUUCAAGCUGAAGCGAAUUCAAGAUACACAGCCCCAUCAGACGACAACACCACUGAGCAGCAUGAUUUGGACGACCCAGCCCAAGUCCCGACAUUACACACAGACAGACUGUCAACUCCAUCAUCUUCUGGCUUGCAUAGAAGCAACGAAAUGAUCAAAUCGGUAUUGACUGUUGACAAACUUUUCCUGUGGUUCUCGCCUCCUGAUUCCGACGACGGAGAGUCAGCCGAGCCGUCGCCUACCCCACAAACAGAGCACACAGACAGUGACCUAAAUGAAUCCACAGCUAACUUCGGAGACUCUGCACCUGAAGAAAGUUUACUUGCCUCUAGGGCUUACAAAUCUAUGAGGUUUGGGAGAGGCUCUGUUGAGCCCCAGGCUCAGUCAAGUACUGGGACUGAACUACCUGAAAUUGCCGUGGAACUGCUCUCUGCCUCCAUUCAUUUCGAUAUUGCAACUGGUUGGCUUCUAACCAAGAUAGGACAAAAGCUGUCCCAUGUCUUUGGUACGGCUGAAAAAGAUCCGACUGAGAAGCAGUCGCAAAAGGACCAACCUGCGCGCACACCACCUGUUCAUAUUAUUGUCCAUGCGCUUUCGAUAAAAUUCCUCGAGCGUGUUUCGGGGUAUGUCUAUUCGUCCGACAAUAGUGGUGUCCCUUCGUCUCCUGCCUACAACAUAGAAGAUGUGAUUCUUCGUCUUACUCUAUCAGGUCUGGAUGCUCGUCUUUCGGCUCAAAGUACAACUAUCAAACUGAAUCUCGACGUGUCCAAGUUUGCAUUCGGGUUUGCCUCAGAGGAUAUCAUAUUCUUCGAUGAAAGAUUGAAAAUGCGUGAAUCUACGCGGGAUGUUUUAUCCCCUUCCCAAGGAGACAUUUCUGUAUCUUUGGUUAAGUCGGCAGAGCUGGCUAAGAUAGACAUCUCCACGCUGCCUCUCCACAUCAAUCUCAAUAUACAGCGCCUUGAAGAGGUCCUAGGCUGGAUGGGCGGCCUGAGCACCAUCCUCGAACUUGGUAGUUCCAUGUCAUCCGUGUCCACAGUCAGAGGCUGUCCGCCUCCUUCCAAACAGCGCCCUCGCGGUGUGCAUUUUGAGACACCCGCCCCAGCUGUCAACACGACCAAGGGCACGCCAACUUUAUGGAAAGUCAAUGCCCGAGUUGGUGCCAUCCUGGUAGAUGUUACUGGAGAGACUCAUUGUCUUCAAAUUACCACAACCGCUGUCAAAAUUGUCAGCAGGUUUGAGGGAAUUGGUGUUCAAAUUGACAAGGCAAAGAUAGUUGGACCCCUUUUAAUUGAUGAUGCCUCAGCUGAUGCUCCCGCCAAAGUCACUUUGAGCAACAUCCGCUUUGAGUUCCUUUUCGCCCCGAAGGAGCUUGACCUCGAUCGUCUGUUGACAUUGAUUACCCCGUCCCAGGACAAGUUCGAAGUGGAAGAUGAUAUCAUGCUAGACACACUACUGCGCCAGCGACGACAAGGAUCUGUUCUUCGUGUUACAGUGGGGCGCUUGGAAACGUUCAUUUCAGAUACCAGUGGGUUCGAGCCCCUCUCGUCUCUUGCUGUCGAGCUGAGUCGGCUUUCCAAUGUCACCAAGUAUUUGCCAGAAGACGAUCGCCCUGGUAUUCUUACUUUGAUCCUGGUCCGUGACUUUCAAGGGCAUUUCCACGUUGGCGGAGAAGUUGGGGACAUCCAAAGCCAACUUGUCGAUGUUGAAGUUGCACACAUUACCAUGCCUUCGCUCACUGCGGCCCAAAUCAAAAGCAUGACCAUUAGUCGAAAUAGCGACGAAGAGCUGGUGGGGCAUGCCCUGUGGCCGCCAAACAAAUGCCAGGAUUUGGACCAGCCUAAUCCACCGGUCCUCAUGGCUCGUUUCAUACCCGAUGAGAUGGAUCCUACCUACAAGAUCAAACUGCACAAUCUUCUUGUCGAGUACACGGUGCCAUCAGUUGCGGCCUUCCUUGGCUUGGGUGGUGACAAGAUGAGCGGAGAAUUGGCCAGUAGUAUGGUCAACUCUAUCGCCAAUCUUGCAGAACACUCGAUGCCGUCACCUUUAAUGACAGGUUCACCGAUGUCAAAUGAAUCCGCCCCAUUGGCGAAGCCGGUCAAAUUGGCUGUUGUGUUCCGAGAUUGUGUUAUUGGCCUCAACCCUCGCAAUUCUCCUGCAAAAGGCCUUGCAGUUCUCACCAAUGCCAAGUUCGAAGGAAGUAUGCAUGGAGGGGAAUCUGCGGAGGCAGCGUUGGACAUUAGGAAAGCCUCGCUUAUGAUCAUCGACGAUGUCUACCAUGAGGGUGCUUAUAACCUGCACCAACGGGCCUCGGUCGUUCCCCAAGACACCCAGGCUCAAGCGUAUAUCGAUAAAGGCUAUGUUCCUGUGUCUUCUAUUUCAUCAGCGACUGCUGGCGUCAAGCUUACCAGCACUGAAGAUGGAACAAAGUCUCUGGACGUCGAGCUGAGAGACGAUCUGUUAAUCCUUGAGACCUGCGCGGAUUCAACUCAGACGCUCAUCAGCAUCAUGAAUGGGCUUCAACCUCCAACUCCUCCGAGUGUCGAUGUCAAAUAUCGAACAGAAGUUAUGCCCAUUCAAGAUAUGUUUGCCUCGUUCACUGGGGACGCAUUCGCAGCCCAUCCUACCCUCCCCAAUGAUAAUGAUAAUGAUACGGCAACUAUCUCCGCAGGAUCUUCCAUGGACGAUCAGCUAACCGAUGAACUUGAAUAUGUCAGCGAUUUCUAUCCCGUGAAGGGUGGCUCUGGUGGUAUUGGCAUUGACGGUAUGGACGCGGGCUACAAUGAUCUGCUGGACAGCUUCCAUUCCCAAUAUCAAGUGAAUUCCAGCAUGACAGAAUUGGACUUCCAGGAGGACCAUUUUGCAAAAACUUCCGCAGUGGGUGGAACAGCUCAUCGGUGGGACUCUACCCAGAACACCUACGGCUUCACCAAUGACACGAAGCUCGAGCGGAGUCCUUUGCGCGUGCGCGUGCGAGACGUGCAUUUUAUCUGGAAUCUCUUUGAUGGAUAUGACUGGCAGCGCACCCGUGACACAAUAUCCAAAGCUGUCAAGGACGUGGAGACCAAGGCCACAGAACGCCGUUCCAGGGGCUCACGGAUGUCAGCUUCGGCAGACGAUGAAGAGGAGUCUGUCAUUGGCGAUUUCCUCUUCAACUCGAUUUACAUCGGUAUUCCUGCCAACAAGGAUCCACGGGAGCUCCACCGCGAGAUCAAUCAUGAUAUCGAUGAUUUCACCAGUGAGACUGGGAGCUAUGCAACAACCACUACCGUGACUGGGGCUGGAAGUCACCAGGGUCGAUCAACUUCUAAGAGGGAGAAGAAACUACGCCUGCAUCGGAGCAAACACCACAAGAUGACGUUUGAGUUGAAAGGUGUCUCUGCCGAUCUAAUUAUCUUUCCACCGGGCUUAGAAGAGACACAGAGCUCGUUAGAUGUGCGGAUCAAGGAUCUGGAAAUCUAUGAUCAUGUUCCGACAUCCACAUGGAAGAAAUUCGCAACGUAUAUGCAUGAGGCUGGCGAGAAAGAGAGCGGAACGAGCAUGGUUCACCUUGAAAUACUUACUGUGAAGCCCGUGCCUGAGCUAGCUGCGUCUGAGAUUGUUCUCAAGGCCACUAUUCUACCACUCCGGUUGCAUGUUGACCAAGACGCCCUCGACUUUAUGAGUCGGUUCUUCGAGUUUAGAGAUGAGUCCACCAGACCAUCAGAUACCCCGGGCGAAGUUCCAUUCUUGCAGCGAGUAGAGAUCAACGCCGUGCAGGUCAAAUUAGACUUCAAGCCUAAGCGGGUCGACUACGCAGGACUAAGGUCUGGUCGCACAACCGAGUUUAUGAACUUCUUCAUCCUGGAUGGUGCCGACAUGGUGCUACGCCAUGUGAUCAUCUACGGAGUGUCCGGAUUCGACCGCAUGGGCCAAACUCUCAACGACAUCUGGAUGCCAGAUGUCAAACAGAACCAACUACCCGGUGUACUCGCUGGUCUCGCGCCGAUCCGCUCCCUAGUCAACGUCGGCGGUGGCGUGCGCGACCUGGUUGUUGUCCCAAUGCGCGAGUACAGAAAGGACGGCCGAAUCGUGCGUAGUAUCCAAAAGGGUGCUUUAGCCUUCGCCAAGACAACCUCCAACGAGUUGGUCAAACUCGGUGCCAAACUCGCCAUCGGCACACAAACCGUCCUCCAAGGCGCAGAGGAUCUGCUGACCACCCCCAACGCACCAGCCUUCGACGACGAUUCCCUUGACGAAGACGAAGCAAAGAAGAUCUCGUUGUACGCUGAUCAGCCAGUCGGGGUGGUACAGGGACUACGUGGGGCGUUCAGCGGCCUCGAGCGCGACCUGCUCCUGGCACGCGACGCGAUCGUCGCCGUACCUGGGGAGGUGGUCGAGAGUGGGAGUGCCAAGGCUGCCGCAAAGGCAGUCUGGAAGCGUGCGCCUACGGUCAUCCUUCGACCCGCCAUCGGGGUAUCCAAGGCUGUGGGACAGACUCUGCUUGGUGCGGGGAAUACCCUUGACCCGAGCAAUCGGCGCAAGAUGGAAGAUAAGUAUAAACGGCACUGA